UAUUUAACGAGAGAGAAAGUCUGAAACCAAAGCUUGUUCAUAUGGAAAACAAAGAACUCUGUCUCUCUCUCCCCCCUCUCUUGUUGUUUGAUGAUGAAGAGAUUAAGCAGUUCAGAUUCAGUGGGUGGUCUCAUCUCUUUAUGUCCCACUACUUCCACAGAUCAGCCGAAUCCAAGAAGAUACGGGAGAGAAUUUCAGUCGAUGCUUGAAGGUUACGAGGAGGAAGAAGAAGAAGCCAUAACCGAGGAAAGAGGACAAACCGGUUUAGCCGAGAAGAAGAGACGGUUAAACAUUAACCAAGUUAAAGCCUUGGAGAAAAAUUUCGAGUUAGAGAACAAGCUUGAGCCUGAGAGGAAAGUGAAGUUAGCUCAAGAACUUGGUCUCCAACCUCGUCAAGUAGCUGUUUGGUUUCAGAACCGCCGUGCGCGGUGGAAGACAAAACAGCUUGAGAAAGAUUACGGUGUUCUCAAAACGCAAUACGAUUCUCUCCGCCAUAACUUUGAUUCCCUCCGCCGUGACAAUGAAUCUCUUCUUCAAGAGAUCGGUAAACUAAAAGCUGAGCUUAACGGAGAAGAAGAAGACGAUGUUGAUGUUGAUGAAGAAGAGAACAACGCGGCGACGAUGGAGAGUGAUGUUUCCGUCAAGGAAGAAGAAGUUUCGUUACCGGAGCAGAUCACGGAACCGCCGUCUUCUCCUCCGCAGCUUCUAGAGCAUUCCGACAGUUUCAAUUACCGGAGUUUCACCGACCUCCGCGACCUUCUUCCGUUAAAGACCGCGGCUUCCUCCGUCGCCGCCGCUGGAUCGUCGGACAGUAGCGAUUCGAGUGCCGUGUUGAACGAGGAAAGUAGCUCUAACGUUACGGCGGCUCCGGCGACGGUUCCCGGCGGCAGUUUCUUGCAGUUUGUGAAAAUGGAGCAGACGGAGGAUCACGACGACUUUCUGAGUGGAGAAGAAGCGUGCGGGUUUUUCUCCGAUGAACAGCCACCGUCUCUGCACUGGUAUUCCACCGUUGAUCAGUGGAACUGAGGCUUUGAUCACCGGGAGAGAUUUUGAAUUGGCUUAAAAUGCUCUGUUAUUUUUCUACGUGGAUUAGCCGGAGAGGAUUGAAAAAGCGGAGGGCGGAAUGGGAAUAAUGGUGAAAUUGUAAGGGUUCGGGAAAUAAUUAAUUAGGGUGAUUUUUGUAAUUAUGCGCUCUCUUGCGUUUCGUGCAGUUCUUGUAAUUAAGGAUCAUGCGAAUUUGAGAAAGGGGUGGAAAAAUUCAAAAGGGCGAAAACUAGACUUGGAAUC